CGACAAGAUGAAAUUUGCUGCUGCGAGUGGUGAGGGGGCAGACGCAGAAGGAUCAGAGGACGGCGACAUGCAGAUGACUGGCGCAGGCGGCCUGGGCGGUGAUGCGAAGCAUGUUGGGCAAGAGUUUUUGUUUCGCGUGGAUGGUAGAUGGGUGGUCUUGUCUCUGGCGGAGGCUCGGGCGAUGUUUCACGACAAUCCAAAAUAUAUUGACUGGCUGUUGCAGAACAACUAUCUGAUAGAUCAAAGAGUGCCGACCGGAACGACUGGGGACGAUGAUAAGAACAAGAGCAGCAAGGUCAAGGCGGUAAAGAAAGCAUUUGCGGACUCAGAUGAAGAAGGUGUAGGUAUUCGGCCUCAUGAUUUGGUCCGUCAUGCCCUUCCGGCCGACGAAAAGCCUGACCCUCAACUCACGAUAGAAGCGAAAACGGUGGGCGUGACUCUCGAUGAAGUCAUCGGCUGGGGCCAGGGUUCCCGCAAUGUCGUGGCCAAUGUUCGAGAAAUGCCUCCGGAAGAGCUGGAGGCCCUCUACCCAAAAGCUUCAUUCAAAGACAUGUACGAGGGAAACUUCCUUGAAUCGCGAAAAGCGCGUGCAAACCGCGGACCACUUCGCGACGAUGGGGACGGAAAGCAUCCACCGGUGCUGCCGACACCAGAGGUAGUCAACAUGAAUUUGAUCUAAUGUUACAGUGUAAGACAACACAUUACCAGUGUUGAUCUUACUUCAUCAUACACAGAAGUUGUAUCAUGAAAAAAUAGAGCGACCUCUGCAUGAUCUUCUACUGAUAUGACUUUGGGAUUUGAAAGUCACGAAGGACGCGGCGUUCGUCACGCUGUGAACAAUACGCACUUAUAGUUAUAAAUAUAUGUUUUAGGGCUGACCGGUCCUCCCCCCUGUGGUGUGGUGGCGCGCGAGCGCUCUCUUCCGCGCUGAUUUUCACGGAUUCGAGUGGUGGAAGGCGUCAAAACUGGGCGCGGGCGUCCCCUUGCGCCUCUCUGCGCGUUCCUCAGGGACCUCCUGGCUUCUGCUGAUCCUCGCAAGCUAAUGGGUCUCCGGGGUAAAAGGCCGCCGAAGGUGGCCACGGUCUCAAGAGCAAGCAAGCCGAUGACCAAGGGCCCGGCGGGUACAGGCCGCACGGCUCAGGGGGUCCAGCCCCUCGCCUUUUGCCGCCUUCGGAGGCCUUCCACGCCCGGCGCAUUGCUGCGGCGGCGAAGCAUAUCGGAGGUGUAUAGGGCACAGGCAGGCACCUAGAAGGGCGCGCAGGCGAUCCCUUGGGCCCCUUUUGAAGCCUUCCACCAACGCCGGAGGCCUCGAGGGAACAGCCAGGCAGCCGAAAGGGAGCGGAGGAGGUCCCUUGGCCCCCUUUUGAGGCCUUCCACUCCCGGCAGACGCCUGCAAAAGGGGCCCGGGGCUACCGGUGCCCUCCCUACGCUAGGGGGGGCGCCGUCGCCCUGCGCCCUGGCUCAUAUAUAAUAGAUAUGUUUGAAUUUAUUUCAUCAUGAUUUUCUUCACCUUGUCCUCGAUAGCUCCUUCGGAAGUGGUUAGAGAAGUUAUGGAGCGUGCGAGAGAUUCCGAUGGAGGUGCUGGGUGAGAAAGAAGGCAACGUGCUCACGGAAGGAGAGAUCCGUGGCAUUCUGACAGUUGUGCGGGAGAUUCUGCUUGAUCAGCCAAUGCUGAUUGAGACCGAUGCAGCGGACAUGUCCCUUGUCGGUGAUAUCCACGGACAAUAUUACGAUCUUCUACGCAUUUUUGCCGCGAAUGGUCUACCCGGAGAAACAAGCUACAUGUUCCUAGGCGAUUACGUAGAUCGGGGGAGAAAUAGUACUCUUUGCUGUCAAAGUCUAAUAUACGUUGUAACAAUUCGACCUCAAAAAGCGACAACUCCACCAUCAUGAUGAAGAUUCUGAACUUAAGGAGGGCCUUACACAUUACGCAUUUCUUGGUAUGCUGCUCUCCUUCUUCUAUAACGAUCGACCUACAUCAACAUCUUCAUCGACCGAAAUCGUAUGACCACGAGUCACAUUAUGCUCAAAUCCAUCUCGUAAUCCACGUACAGGUCUUGAAUGCAUGGUUUUGUUGUUUCUGUAUAAAGUGAGGCUUCCGGAUAACAUCUUUUUGCUGCGCGGGAACCAUGAAGCGCCAGGGGUCAACCGAAUUUACGGCUUUUUUGAUGAAGUGAAACGAAAAUAUUCUGUCGGAUUGUGGAAAGCUUUCCAAGAUGUCUUCGCUGCGAUGCCCUGCGCUGGUCUGAUCGCAGGAAAAAUUUUUUGCAUGCAUGGCGGAAUAUCGCCCCGGCUCCACGACAUAAGAGAAAUAAACGACAUCGUGCGUCCCUGUGGUAUCUAUUUAGAGCAUUUCAAUACUUCAUGAAAGUUCGACAAAAUUCCAAUAAAUUCUUUGAAUGGACUAGGAUGUGCUUGAUCUUGGGAUUGUGCUCUUUUGCAAUCACCAGAUGCGCUUGCGUCAAUGUACAGGUACCUUCUUUUUAUGGAGGACCUUAUUGCGUCUGCGAUGGAGAGGGAUCAGUGUUUCCAAUUCCAUCCCAUUCAACCACUUCACUCAGGCGUUCCCGAUAACGGCUUGUUGUGCGACCUACUGUGGGCUGACCCUGCGGCCGAGUGGCAGCAGCUUCACGAGGGCCAGGAUGUGUGCAACAGCAUCCCGAAUAACUUGGCUGUCCGUUAUAUACCUCCGCCCAAUAGGCACUGGGGAUGGAAUACGCGUGGCGUGAGCUGGAUUUUCGAUGAGGCCGCUGUAGACGAGUGUUGCAAAAAAUUUGGUUUAGAUCUCAUCGUGCGAGCACAUCAAAAAGUCGAAGAUGGCUACGAGUUUUACGCAAACAAGAAGCUUCUCACGAUUUUUUCAGCACCAAAUUACUGUGGAACUUUCGACAACAAUGGCGCGGUAUCCAAUAGAUAUGUUUUUGUUGUAACUGAAUAACUCGUUUUCAUCUUUACUUUCUAUGCGCGAAAAGUGAAGUCAAGAACUCGCGCGUGUCUUCUUAUUCUCGUACUUAGACCACUAUAGCGAAUGUACAACGUAUUACACAACUACAACUCAGGUUUUGAACAUUACGCGGCAGCUCCGUUGCAAGCUGACAAUCAUUGAACCAGACAAAAACUUCAUGGGUGUCGAGCCAGGACAAGACUGGGAUGCGAAGACUAUGUGGCCAGGAGACGACGAGGUUGUUGAUGAAGACGAUAGACUCAAAGAAGUGGAGUCCGCCGAUGCUCCUCCAGCAGUACUUACUAAUUUACUUUGUCUUACUCGUAGUUGUACUAAUUCAGCCCUCUAGUAUGGCGGUUAAGAUACCCAACGUGUUCGUGCUUCUGGGUCUGUAGAUGUGAUCCGUAAGUUAGCGAGAUCUGGCAGAAUUUGACUUCAUUCAUUUGCAUUUCUGUCCUCUGCAUGUUUUUUUAGUAUCCCAUUUCACAUACACAUUUUCUUCUCCAGGGCCUCAACGUGUCAACCGCUGUCAGUCCAGAGGCAUCUGCUUCACUCGAGGACCAAGAGCGGCAGGGCGAGUGGUGGGGUGAGCAUUACGACUACGGAGCAGCGUCAUCUUACAACAACAUGGAGUAUUACGAUGUUUAUCCGAUUACUGUGUAUGAUACGCACACACGGCUUCACCAAAGUAUUAAUUGGAAGAUGCUGCAGAGGCGUUGCAAGGAAGACAGGGCACAAGUGCGGGACUACAAGCAGACGCAAGAUCAACCGAGUUGUCCGCAAAGGGUACUGAUGAAAUUGAUCUUAUUGCAUAUUUACUGUAGUAGAGCAGCACUUACCUCAAUAAACUUACCAGGUAUUAGUCGAGCACUUACCUACUUAUUUAUUAAGAUUUUUACGUGAGCGUGACGUCGCAGUUGGGACCUUCAUCUCCUUUUCUCGCUUUUUUUUGAUUUUCAUUUUGAUGUUUGUCAAACGUUCAUAGUCUGUACCAAUGUGAAAAAAGAUAGUUGGGACAUAGUAAGCGUUAGAUCAAAAAAUGAGAUGGAGAACUUCAACAUGAAUUUUGUCCAUCAAAAACGUGAUCCUGACGAGCUUCUUUUGAUUAAAUUUAUGAUCUUCAAAAUCAGUGGACGGCCGUUUGGGACAAGAUGUCGUACCUCCAUGAUGCCGUAAACAAUCCUGAUAAAACCUGGGCAGAGUACAUCAAAGGCCUGGAAUCGUUUCUCGGACAGAAACUGCGCGAAAAUCCUAGAAGUAGCGAGUUUCGAUCCAUCCAGAAGCUGUAUGAUUUGUUGAGAAGGUGGUGGAAAGCAUGGCAUCCAUCUUCAGCGGAGUCGUCUGGUGACGAGACUAAUGCAGGCGACGCUGCCGUGGAGAGAGCCCGUGAAAACGAAGAUGACGACGAACUACAAGAAGACUUGGAGGAUAAUCCUCUUGCGAUCGGAGUAAGGGUAAAUAUGGAUGGUGAGGCACUGCCGAAGGACGCCACCUCGUCGGCUGCUGAAGAAGACUCUUGGGACGAUGCGGAUUAUGCUUAUUACGUGGAGGGUGAAGAAGCUGGUGGUGAAGGUGAUGGAAAGAAUUUUGUCUCUGAAAAAAGUCGGCGCGCUUGUCAGCGCCCUGGUGCUCGUAGAUUGAUCAGAAACGGCUGGAGGGUAGCAGGCCCGAUGCGAGCCUACCUGCGCAAUCUGAAGAGGGCGCGAAGAAGACGAGCUGCGCAGCAGAAAUCGGGUCAAGCGACGGUUGAGGAUGUCGAGGAGGAAGAAGAGCUCGCCGUUGACGCGUGGACCCCUGGCGACGAUAUCACGAGCGAGCUAUCCGACACCGAGGAGCAAGUGCGCGGAGCUGACCCAGACUGGCCCAUUGGCGACCCCGACCAUCCGAGAGGACUUCACCAUUACCGAGUCUUGGAUAGUUGGAGCAGGUACGAAUUCGACACCGAGCCGCCCGUGCGGUGGCACAGACCCCCACGGGACGGACGGAUGACGAUCGAGACGAGUACUCAGGUGCAGGACGUGACUCCUCCUGAGGUGCGCGCGACAGGCGAAACAUUGGAGAUUUAUCGUGUGCACUGCGUUCCUCCGCUCACAUUCCGCGUCGACAUCCCUAAGGGGUAUGCAGGAGUCAUCUAUUCAAAGAGCAAAGUGCGCAUCGAGAAACGCAAAAACGCUGCUCGUGUCAGUGUCGAAAAGCACUACGCACGUGUCCGAGACAAAGUUUUGGCCCUGCAAAAUCGGGAGAGGGUCGGGAUUCCUCUGGCUACUCAAAACCGCAUUUGGUUGCGACUUGUGGAGGCGAAAGCGACGGGUGAGGAUCCCGAUCUCGAUGAGGUGGAUGUUUUGUGGCUAAGGAUCCAUCGUCUCAACUGUGAGCUCGAGAGCGUGGGGUACAAAUUAAGCCGUCGUGGUCGCGCGCGACUGCGGCGCAUGGUGGACAAGACGACUUCCCGGUGGAUCUCUCGGAUAGAACAACAAGAGGAGGAUCUCGCUGAGCAACUGAACGAGAAUCCUCUGCCCAUGAUAGCAAAAACGCGCGAGCGCCUUCGUGAUAUCCACGACGGUGCGCUGGCUUCUGACGAGGACGGUAAUGAUGACGGCGACAGCAGCGACGACGCUUGGUGUUCGAAAGACGAAACUGAAUCGCUGGAUUAUAUACAAGUGCGAUCCGCGUCCUCUACGGUUGGUUCAUCUUCUCUUGCAAUAUCCCGACCCAACCUACACAAGGGAGAGGAGCAUCAAGUGUACAUAGACAAUCCAGGCAAUGCGGAGCGCAGUGUUGAACUGCGUCUCACUCAGAAGUGGAAGAUGACCAAACUCGUUGCUGCUCGCAUAGAGGCAAAGAAAGCAGACCUUGCGAAAAAUCCAAGUGCUAGCAAUAAGGUCAUGCUUCCAGACGUAAAAACUGCAAUUCCUGAAAUGGGACCCGGGGCAUCCACCGCAGCCGGCAUUGCCGAAGAAGCUUCAGAUUCGGCAGAGGACAGCGAGGCGGAGCUUUGCGACUCCUACGACGAAAAAGAAGAGGCUCAGGCAGACCGUCUCGAGGAUCAGCGAGAGUACCUGUUCGAGUGCUUGAAAUUGCAGAUGCAGAAGCGUAUCAAUCGCGAGCGGAUACUCCUCCAAGAGUUACAAGGGAAGCAAGGUGGCUGCCACAGCUCAAACUAUAUUUCUGCGACUCGACCUGGAGGUGGAGGUAGUCGGGAGACUCGAAUCGACUUGAAUUUGAAAGAAGUGCAAACGGCUGGUCGCAGCAUUGUUCGCAGAGAGGAUCUGGUGCGAAUCCCAUUCCUCAAUAACCAGGAUCUUCCAGUACGUGUUCUCGCGCGAAUACGGGAAAGUCUGAACGAUAUACGCAACAGGACAGCCGCAUCUGGCAAGUGGUCUGAGAGUGUUCCGUCCGUGUUGCGGAUUCGGCUCACGAAUGGCGA